AUGGACAAUGUAGAUAACUGUAUAGAAUUUGUAUCUGUUGGUCUGGAUUCAAAUAAAAAACCACUACUUUUUAUCAAUCUACAUAUCCAAAAUUCCUCGGCAGAACCCAUCAAAACCCUCAUAGAUUCCGGCGCCACCUCCAACUUCAUCUCCCCUGCUAUAGUAGAAAAAUUCAAAAUCCCAAAAACCCAACUCAAAAAACCACAAGUUGUGAGAAUGUUAGAUGGUACAAUUUCCCAGACUGGUUGCAUUUGGCACCAGGUUCAACUUGCGGUCUCGGCCAAUGGCCAUCCACACACUAUUCCUUUCCUAGUCUGUCCCAUUGGGAACACACCAGCCAUACUUGGUAUGACAUGGCUCACUCAGGAGUCACCCCUCAUUGAUUGGUCCCUAGGCACCGUCACCUUCCCCAACCAGAUCCAAAUUGCAUCAGAGGAAGAAGCUGACCUGGAUCCUUUGGCAAAUCUCCCGUCCCAGUACCAGGAAUUUGCUAAGGUCUUUGGUGAAGAAGAAUUCAAAGUUCUUCCCCCGCACAGGGAAUACAAUAUUGCCAUUGACCUAGUUCCUGAUGCCAAACUAUCCCCUGGGCCUAUCUACGGCAUGACUGAUGCAGAAUCUAAGGCGCUCAAGCAACACAUUGACAAGGAAUUAGCAAUGGGCAAGAUCCGCCCAAGCACCUCCUCAGCGGGUGCCCCAGUCAUGUUUGUUAAAAAAGCGGAUGGUUCCCUUCAAUUGGUAGUUGAUUAUAGGAAGUUAAAUGACGUCACACAUAAAAAUGUCUACCCACUUCCUAGGCAGGAUGAUUUAAUGGCAAAACUCCGGCGGGCAAAAUUGUUCACCAAACUGGACUUACGUUGGGGAUACAACAACAUACAGAUCAAGGAAGGCAAUGAAUGGAAAACGGCUUUUAGAACCAAAUACGGGUUAUUUGAAUACCUAGUUAUGCCCUUUGGUCUCACUAAUGCCCCAGCCGCUUUCCAACAUUUCAUGAAUGAUCUGUUCAGGGACCUCAUUGACGUCACAGUGGUAAUUUAUCUAGACAACAUACUCAUCUUCUCAGAAGACCCUGCGGAGCAUCCCGUCCACGUUAGGGAGGUCUUAUCACGGCUGAUGAAAAACCAGCUAUUCUGCAAGUUGUCAAAGUGCCACUUCCACGUUACCACAGUGGACUACCUAGGAAUUGUCAUAUCCCUGGCAGGCUUCUCCAUGGAUCAGAAGAAAGUUGAGGCGGUUACUUCAUGGCCUACCCCCAAAACAAUCAAGCAGGUCCAAGCCUUCCUAGGAUUUGUUAAUUACCUCAGACGUUUUAUCCCCAACUUUAGCACCGUUGCACGCCCCCUUCACAAUCUGACUAAGAAAGAAACUCCUUGGUCAUGGAAUGAACCAGAAGAACAGGCCUUCCAGGAGCUGAAAACAUUGGUCACCAAGGCACCGGUAUUAAUCCACUCGAACCCCGCGCUACCCUACUACCUAGAAACAGAUGCAUCAGGGGUAGCAAUGGGAGCAAUCCUUAGUCAACGAGGGGAAGACAACCGCCUACAUCCCAUUGCCUAUAUGUCCAAAUCUUUCUCAGGAGCAGAGGCCAAUUACAAUACCCACAACAAAGAACUCCUGGCCAUCAUCAAAGCCCUGGAAGAAUGGCGUAUCUUCUUGGAAGCAACGGACAAACCAGUCCAAGUGUUCACAGAUCACCAAAACCUAGAGUACUGGAUGCAGGCAAGGACUUUCAACCGGCGACACGCCAGAUGGCGCAUCUUCCUGAGUGAUUUCAACUUUGAAAUUCAUUAUUGCCCAGGAAAGCAGUCAGGGAAGCCAGACGCCUUGUCCAGGAGAGCAGACUACACAGACCUCCCCACGGAACCCAAAGUGAUGCUACCAUCAGAAAUGUUUGCCAACACAUCAGAAACAGAGUCUGAAAUUGUCACAGAAAUCUGUUCCAAGCUCAGAGAAGACCCGUCCUUAGAACCAAUCAUCCGAUUCCUAACGGAAGAUGCGGACAAUGCACCUCCCUCCAUCAGAAAGGCCUAUAGGGAUUAUGACUGGGAGGAAGACCUCUUGUGGUACUGCGGGAAACUGGUAGUUCCGGACUCAGAAACUCUCAAAGAACAACUAUUAAGAGAAUUUCAUGACUCCCCAAUGGCGGGGCAUCCAGGACAACAGAGGACACUGGAACUGAUCAGCCGGACUUAUUGGUGGCCGGGAAUGAAAUCCUCAGCCAAAGAAUGGGUUGAAUGCUGUCCCACAUGUCAAGUCAACAGACAGGCGCACGCACCAGCAAUUUCCCUGAAACCCCUAGAAGUCCCUCCUUUUCCUUUUCACACCAUCUCCUACAACUUCAUCACGGGUUUCCCUAAAUCCCAAGGAUUUGACGCAAUUCUGGUGGUAAUAGACUCCUUUUCCAAAUUUGGACACUUCAUCCCAACCACCAAGAAGGUCUUGUCCAAGGGGUUAGCAGAGCUAUUUGUCUCUCACAUAUGGAAACUCCACGGACUACCGGUCAGAACAAUAUUGGACAGGGGAACCACAUUCACAGGGAAGUUUCUCAGGGCCCUAUACCAACAACUCGGAAUCAAACCCUUGUUCUCAUCAGCUUACCACCCUGAGUCAGAUGGACAAACGGAAAGAGUUAAUCAGUUCAUUGAGUUCUACCUAAGGUCCUAUGUAGCAGCAGAUCACUUGGACUGGGCCUCCUGGUUGCCACUAGCGGAGUAUGCAUAUAACAACGCAAAACACUCCGCUACUGGGAAGACACCAUUUGAACUGGUAUACAGAAGAAAUCCGGUCAUGAACCCAUCUAACGUACCAGCAAACGUACCAGAGGCAGACAACGUGGCGGAUACCUUGGCACAGGAAUGGAAAGAGGCCAAAUCAGCCCUACAAAUGACAAAGGAAAAAAUGGCAGGAAACAAGGGUACAAUCCUGGAGUACUCCAUUGGAGAAAAAGUGUGGCUAGACGCAAAAAAUGUGGAGAUUUGUUCCAACUCCAACAAGCUAGACCCCAAGCAACUAGGACCCUUUGAAAUCACCAAAAAAAUCUCCAGUCAUGCGUAUCGCCUGAAUCUACCGGAAACCCUCAAAAUCCACAAUGUCUUCUAUGUGGGGCUAUUAUCUAAAGUCCAUGAAUCGCCUAGUCAACCUCUUCCAGACAGACCUCCUCCUGAAACAAUAGAAGGAGAAGAAGAGUAUGAGGUUGAACAAAUCAUUGACUCCAGGAGACAACGGGGAAAAUGGUUCUACCUGAUAAAAUGGAAGGGUUAUGGUCCAGAAGACAACUCCUGGGAACCGGAGGAACUGUUGGAACACAGCCAAGAAGAAAUCAAAUGCUUUAACCAAGCCAGACUCAGAAAGGCUUGUGACACUGCCAAGAGCCUUUAA